AUGAUUGUGUCGCUCUAUGGGAUGGCGGGCAUUGGUAAGACUACUUUUGCCAAUAAACUCUUUCAAGAUCCAUUCAUUGUUAGUCGUUACAGUAGGCUUGUGUUCGUCACCGUAGGCCCAAAAUAUCGACUAGCGGACAUCUUGGUAGAUAUUCUAACACAAGUGAAUUAUAACAAUAUUGAUGAAGAAGAGAUUAUGGAAGGCAAGCACGUAUUGAAUGAGUUGAAAAGGAGGGUGUACGAGAGUUUAGAGUCUUCGAGAUACUUGAUCGUGUUGGAUGAUAUAUGGGACAAAGAGCUUUGUUAUGAGCUGUUGAACUUAUUCCCGGACAACGAAAAUGGAAGUCGAGUAUUACUGACGUCCAGGAUAUGCCGAGUAGCUGAAUCUGUAAAGAAGAUUGCCGAGAAUUGCGAAGGUCUUCCACUUACACUAGUUAUUGUUGCCGACAUCCUUUCCAAUACUGACAGAACUUUAGAGUACUGGAACAAUGUAGCCGAUGAUAAACAACAUUCAGUUUACAAGGAUGCAUAUGAUCAAAUGUCAAAGGUACUAUAUCCAAGUUAUGACUACUUAGAACAACAUUUAAAAGCAUGUUUUCUCUAUGUUGGAGCUUUCCCACAAAAUUAUUUGGUUUACGUGUUUGAUCUGAUCGACUUGUUGAGUGCUGAAGGAUUUCUUAACCCAGAACCAAUUCACAAUGUAGACCCAAACGCGACUUUCAAAAACGGUACGUAUGCUUAUACGUAUGAGCUUCGUUCGAAAAAUGUUAUCAUGUUCGACAAAGAAGCACGCGGUUAUCACCUUCAUUCGUCACUUUGGUACUUGUGUAACAAAGAAGCUGCAAAAACUAAGUUGUUCUACGCCUUAAAUUGUCGCGCCGAUGCUUUACCAGAAGAGGGUACAAAGUACCAUCGCCGAUUGUGCAUUCGAAAUAGUAUUCUAUUUGCUAUUGAAGAUGUGCACAACUCAAUUGCAUUUGCGUCAAAUGUGCGCUCUCUCCUCUGUACUGGUCCAUUUCAUGAAUACCCAGUCCCAUUACCUCUAGAACAUUUAAGGUUGCUCAGGGUAUUGGAAGCUCUUUCUAUUAGAUUCUAUGAGUUCCCAAUUGAAGUGGUGAAACUAGUUCAACUAAGAUACUUUGCCCUCUUUUAUGAUGGAAACCUCCCGACUUCUAUUUCCAAACUCUGGAACCUUCAGCACUUGAUUAUUCAUCAAUUCAGCAACAUAAAAUCUGUUGGGAAUGCAUCGUAUAUGCCUGAUGAGAUAUGGAAUAUGAAUGAAUUGAAGUGUCUUCGGAUUAGGGGAAGAAACCUACCACAUCCUUGUGAAGGAUCUCUCUUACCAAACCUCUUAAAACUAAGUGGUGUCGGUCCUAAAAGUUGUACCAAAGACGUGUUUGAAAAAAUCCCUAAUCUGAAGGAGUUAGUAAUUACAAUCGAAGUGGCUCCUAAUGCUACUGAGGGCAUGGGCUGCUUUGAUCACAUUUCCCAUCUUCAUGAACUAGAAGUACUAGAAUGUUACAUUAUGAACCCUAUAUUGAAAACAAAUGUUGUUACCCCACUUGCUCCUCUUUCAGACUUCCCAUCAAGUCUUACAACAUUAAUUUUGGGCGGCUUAGGAUAUACUUGGGAAGAAAUGAGUAAGAUUUCUGUCAUUACCAAAUCUUAUAUUUCUCAAAUUGGAAUUAUAUGCCUUUCGAGGCCCAAAGUGGGAAGUUCAUGA